UGCCUAGCCGCCUCGCGAGGAGGGGUCCUGAGGCGGCCUCAGGGACGAGCAGUGAUUGGCUGCAGCUGGCGGCUGGAGCUCCGUUCCAGCGGCGCUUGACAACCGCAGUCUGGGGAGCGGAGCGGUCGGAGGCGGGGUAGGGGCGGACGCGAGAAGGACCGGCUGACGAGCUGAUGGAUUGACGUGCGGGCUGCUUAACCCAGACCGCCGCCCUCGCGCUCGCGCCUCAGCCCGGAAUUGGCUGCCUCCGGGCUCUGGCCGCCGGCCUCUCCGCCGCGUUUUUCUCCGCCGCCACUGCCGGCUCCGCCCGGAGCCCUCAGGCUAGCAAUAUGACUGCUGAAGAAACCGUAAAUGUAAAAGAGGUUGAGAUCAUUAAGCUGAUUUUGGACUUUUUGAAUUCAAAGAAGCUUCACAUUAGUAUGCUGGCACUUGAGAAAGAAAGUGGAGUCAUCAAUGGCCUAUUUUCAGAUGAUAUGCUUUUCCUGAGGCAGCUAAUUCUGGAUGGCCAAUGGGAUGAAGUUCUUCAGUUCAUUCAGCCUCUAGAAUGUAUGGAAAAAUUUGACAAAAAAAGGUUUCGUUAUAUUAUCCUGAAGCAGAAGUUUCUAGAAGCUCUGUGUGUUAACAAUGCAAUGUCUGCAGAAGAUGAGCCCCAGCAUUUGGAGUUUACCAUGCAGGAAGCUGUGCAGUGUCUCCAUGCUCUCGAGGAGUACUGCCCUUCUAAGGAUGAUUACAGCAAGCUCUGUCUGCUCCUCACCCUGCCUCGUCUGACCAAUCAUGCUGAAUUUAAGGACUGGAAUCCCAGCACUGCCCGAGUUCACUGCUUUGAAGAGGUCUGUGUCAUGGUUGCAGAGUUCAUUCCUGCCGACCGGAAGCUAAGUGAGGCUGGUUUUAAAGCAAGUAACAAUCGCUUAUUCCAGCUUGUAAUGAAGGGCCUACUUUAUGAAUGCUGCGUAGAAUUUUGUCAGAGUAAAGCGACUGGUGAAGAAAUUACAGAAAGUGAAGUCCUUCUUGGCAUCGACCUCUUAUGUGGCAAUGGUUGUGAUGAUUUAGAUCUAAGUUUAUUGUCUUGGCUUCAGAAUCUCCCUUCUUCAGUCUUUUCUUGUGCGUUUGAACAGAAAAUGCUUAAUAUUCAUGUUGACAAACUUCUGAAGCCUACAAAAGCUGCGUAUGCUGAUCUGUUGACUCCUCUUAUCAGCAAACUGUCUCCCUACCCUUCAUCCCCAAUGAGAAGACCUCAGUCAGCUGAUGCCUAUAUGACGCGCUCUCUCAAUCCUGCUUUGGAUGGCCUCACGUGUGGAUUAACCAGUCAUGAUAAGAGGAUCUCAGAUCUUGGGAACAAAACUUCUCCAAUGUCACACUCUUUUGCUAACUUCCACUAUCCAGGGGUACAGAACCUCAGCAGAAGUCUCAUGCUUGAGAACACAGAGUGUCACAGCAUCUAUGAAGAGUCUCCUGAGCGAAGUGAUACACCCGUUGAAGCCCAGCAGCCUGUGAGCAGUGAACCCAUAUGCCAGGGUUCCGGGCUAGAGAAAGAGCCUGCAAAUGGAGCACAGAACCCAGUUCCAGCUAAACAAGAGAAAAACGAGCUUCGAGAUUCCACCGAACAAUUUCAGGAAUAUUAUAGGCAAAGAUUGCGCUACCAGCAGCAUCUAGAACAGAAGGAGCAACAGCGGCAGAUAUACCAGCAGAUGUUACUUGAAGGAGGCGUGAACCAAGAGGACGGUCCUGAUCAGCAACAGAAUCUUACUGAACAAUUCCUUAAUAGGUCUAUUCAAAAGCUUGGCGAAUUAAAUAUUGGAAUGGACAGUCUUGGUAAUGAAGUGCCAGUGCUCAGCCAACAAUGCAUUGGGAGCAAAAACAAUGGAUCAAAUAAUUCCUCUGUGACUAGUUUCAGCACACCACCCCAAGAUUCCAGUCAGAGGUUAAUACACGAUACUUCUAAUAUUCACACAAGCACUCCUCGUAAUCACGGAUCAACAAAUCACAUCCCUUUUCUGGAAGAAUCGCCUUGUGGAAGCCAGAACUCAUCAGAACAUUCUGUCAUUAAGCCAUCACCUGGAGAUUCUUCAGGGAAUCUGUCAAGAUCAAAAGGGGAAGAGGAUGACAAGUCAAAAAAGCAGUUUGUUUGUAUUAAUACCCUAGAAGACACACAGGCUGUUAGAGCAGUGGCGUUUCAUCCAAGUGGUAGUUUAUAUGCUGUUGGUUCAAAUUCAAAAACUCUGAGAGUGUGUGCCUAUCCAGAAAAAAUGGAUGCAAGUGCACAUGACAGUCCUAAGCAGCCAGUGGUACGAUUUAAGAGAAACAAACAUCAUAAAGGAUCUAUUUAUUGUGUGGCUUGGAGUCCGUGUGGACAGUUAUUAGCCACAGGAUCAAAUGACAAAUACGUGAAAGUGCUGCCCUUCAAUGCAGAGACUUGUAAUGCAACAGGACCAGAUCUGGAAUUUAGCAUGCAUGAUGGGACAAUUCGAGAUUUGGCGUUUAUGGAAGGCCCAGAAAGUGGUGGAGCUAUUUUAAUAAGUGCUGGAGCAGGAGAUUGUAAUAUUUAUACAACAGACUGUCAAAGAGGACAGGGCCUUCAUGCUUUGAGUGGACACACUGGGCAUAUUUUAGCACUUUAUACCUGGAGUGGGUGGAUGAUUGCAUCUGGUUCCCAGGAUAAGACCGUUAGAUUCUGGGAUCUUCGUGUGCCAAGCUGUGUUCGUGUGGUUGGCACAACAUUCCAUGGAACUGGCAGUGCAGUGGCAUCGGUGGCUGUGGACCCCAGUGGCCGUCUGUUAGCUACAGGUCAGGAGGACUCGAGCUGCAUGCUGUAUGACAUAAGAGGAGGCAGAAUGGUCCAGAGUUACCACCCUCACUCCAGUGACGUUCGCUCUGUUCGCUUCUCUCCUGGAGCUCACUAUUUGCUGACAGGUUCUUAUGAUAUGAAAAUAAAGGUGACAGACCUACAAGGGGACCUUACCAAGCAGCUUCCUCUCAUGGUGGUCGGGGAGCACAAGGACAAGGUGAUUCAGUGCAGAUGGCACACCCAGGAUCUUUCCUUCCUUUCAUCCUCUGCAGACAGAACUGUGACCCUCUGGACUUACAGUGGCUAGAGGCCACCCUGCAUUGGUCUAUGCAGCAAAAGCACAGACUCGAGACUACUGAACUGUUAGGACUACAGGCCUGAAGAACAUGUACUGCCCCCGAAAGAGUUUAAACAGAGGAAGCCCUCUUAUUACCAUGUCCUGUGAACAGAAGGUGUUGGGUGGUGGUUUUCAGUCUUCCAUGUGUGUUCAUGCUGCUGUGUAGUUUCCUUGCCAAAGUCUGCAGAAGAGCUCCUAUGUUGGUAUGCACGCCAAGUCAUGGUACAGGAUGGGCCCAUGGUUUAUUAUUAAGUGCACUCCUUGGGUGUUACCCAGGUAACAGUUUUAUACUCACACUGACAUGGAAUUAUAAUUUAAGUAAUUGUUAUAAUAUUUAAGUAAUCCCCCAGAUAAAACAUAGGUGUUCAGAAAUGACUGCUCUUAUCACAGUCCCAUACUGUAUCACGUGUCUUCUAGAGGUCAGGGUUUGGUGAGUCUCCAAUUUUACAUGAUCAUCUUUGCCUAGGGCUCACCAUAGAGUCUCCAGAUGAAAGGAGAACAGCUUCUAACCCAGGGGAGUGGUUGCUGAUUUGUCACAUCACUUUGUUUCAGGCUACAGGUAAUAACUAUUUUGCUUUGGGAACUUGUUGACUUCAGUUUUUUGAAUGCACAAGAUACCUCCCUUCCAAACAGCACUGUAGAAGCAGAGUGGCAGCAGUUACAAGGAACAAUAUUCCAUGGUAGGGUUAACUUACCUGGUAGCAUUUUCCUCUUAAAAAUUAAAGACUUUGCCAUGACCCUAGCAUGGCUUGACGAGCUGUGUUUGCAUGAUAAUUUAAAAUGGAAAACUGAAACUUUGCACUCCAGAAGCUUAUUUGGGUUUUCUUGCACAGUUUUGUGUAAUGAGGAAUAAUGAUUUUAUUUGUACAGUACUAUAUAUCCUAACAUUUUAUGUAUCUUUAUUUUCAUAUUGUUCAGUAUUUUACUUUAAGUUAUUAAAUAGGCUACUUUAUUUAUUUCAACUGCAGUGGUAUUGACCUGUCUGUGCACUAUUUGUAGCAAGCAUUUUAAAUCUAUAGUACACAAGUGGGAGGGUAAUAGAAGUGUAACUGUGCUUUUUAUUUCAAUAAAGACCUCUUGACACCCGAA